CCGCCGAUGCCCGAAGCAGAUAAUGGCUUUGUUUGGAGAUCUCAGAUCUGAUCUGCAAUAGCAGCGAUAUCUCUCUUUAAGACAGCAACUGCUACUACUCCAUACAAUAAACAUACGAUAUACACAAGAACAGACCAUGGACCGCGCUCCGACGUCCACCGCAACAGCAACAGCGCCCACCCUCACCCGCACCCGCUCCCGGCGCUCCUCCUCCUCCAUCGUCCCCAUCUCCAACCCUCCCCCCCUUCGCAGAGCCUCCACCGCCCUCGUCGCCCAGCGCAGACCCAGCAUGGCCGCCUCCAUGGCCUCCUUCCGCACCGUCGGCCUCUCCGAAAAAGAGCUCUACGGCGAGGCGCCCCAGGACCUCAUCGGCCUCCAGCGCAUCAAGACCUUCGAGACCGUCGCGUCCCACUACCAGAUCAUGACCGCCGCCGACGGAGAAAUGUCCGCGCCCGCCGACGGCCUCGUUCUCAGAGACAUCGACCCCGAGCUCGUCACCUGGGACUCCCCCGAUGAUCCCGAGAACCCGCGCAACUGGUCGACCGCCCGCAAGUGGAAAGCCACCGUCACCGUCUCGCUCUACACCUUCCUCGGUCCGUUCUCGUCCUCGAUCCUGAGCCCGGCCACCACCCAGAUCGCAGAGCGCUUCGGCGUCACAAACACGACCGUCAAGGCCCUCAUCGUCUCCAUCUUUGUCCUGGCCUGGGCAAUCAUGCCGCUCCUCGUCGCGCCCUUGUCCGAGAUCUUUGGCCGCCGCGUCGUCCUCAACAUCUCCAUCUUCUUCCUCGUCAUCUUCAACAUGGCUUGCGGCCUCUCCCAGUCCCUCGCCCAGAUCCUCGUCUUCCGCUUCCUCGCCGGCUGCGGCGGCGCAGGCCCGCUCGCCAUCGGCGCCGGCGUCGUCGCCGACGUCUGGGACGACGACCACCGCACGCAGGCCAUCGGCCUCUUCUCCAUCGGACCCACCCUCGGCCCUAUCCUCGCGCCCGUCAUCGCCGGCUUCAUCGCCCAGAACCUCGUCUGGCGCUGGAUAUUUUGGAUCCUCACCAUCGUCUGCGGCGUCGUCUUUGGUCUCGGCGUCAUCAUGCUCGAGGAAACGUACGCGCCCAUCCUCCUCCUCCGCAAAGCCCAGGCCAUGCGCAAAGCGACCGGCAAUCAAAGCCUGCACACCGUCUUUGAGAUCGCGGGCGAGUCGCUCUACGACAAACUGAUCUCCUCCGUCACGCGCCCGCUCAUGAUGCUCGUCACGAAUCCGAUCGUCUUCUCGCUCGGCCUCUACAUGGCAUUCACCUACGGCUUCCUCUACCUCCUCCUCGUCACCUUCUCCCCGCUCUACCGCCAAACCUACGGCUACUCCCUCGGCAUCGCAGGUCUUCUCUACCUCGGUCCCGGCGUCGGCUUCUUCAUCGGCAUCCUCACCGUCACCACCAUCUCGCAAAAGAUCUACGCCCGCCUCGUCGCCGCGCACGACGGCGUCGCGAAACCAGAAUACCGCCUGCCCUCCCUCGCAAUCGGCUCCUUCUUCAUGCCCGUCGGUCUGAUCUGGUACGGCUGGAGCGCCGAAAAACAUCUCCACUGGAUCAUGCCCGUCAUCGGCGCCGCAAUGUUCGGCAUCGCAAUGAUCUCCGUCUUCCAAUGCAUCCAAUCCUACCUCAUCGACAUGAACCCCAAAUACGCCGCCUCCGCCACCGCCGCAGGCACAACCUUCCGCUCCCUCUUCGGCUUCGCCAUGCCCCUCUUCGCAACCCAGAUGUACGCCGCCAUGGGCUACGGCUGGGGCAACACAAUGCUCGGCCUCGUCGCCCUCGCCAUCGGCUCCGUCUUCCCCGUCGUCAUCUUCUACAAAGGCGAGCGGAUCCGGAAAUGGAACGACGCCCGCAUGGACGCCCACAAAGCCGCGCACGACGCCCGCAAGGAGGCAAAGCUUGCGCGCAAACUCAAACGCCUCGAAGGCGACCAGGAAAAGAAAAUCGAGAAGGACGGUGGCGUCGCGGCUACUGAACUUCGUCGGAUUAAAUCCCAGCUUAGUACUGAUGAUGCCACUGUCGUCGAGCCUGGUAUCGUCGGACAAAGAACUUUUGAUGAGAUUCCUGAGGAGGACGCGGAGAGCGUCUACAACAAAACCCACCCAGAAGAUAAAGAGAAGUAGUCAGUUCUUUUUUGUAACUAGAUAAUAUCAAAUACAACAGUAAUAUACA